AUGUUCGACUUCGACAAGGACUUCAAUGAAGCCGGUCAAUUCAACGGUGUCGUCAAGGAAUGGUGGGCCGAGUACAGGAAGAUCGACCCAAAGGUUGGCACCAAUAGUGAGAAGAAGAGGAUCGAUGAAGAUGUUUAUGGACUUGUUUGUAAAGCGGUAAGAGAUGGCGUGAUUUCCAUCAAGGAUCGACAACAUGUCUUUGAGGGAGUUCACCUCAACGGCGGUUUGUUCUUGUGUUUCCGGGGAAAGCAAGAUCAUGUGAAUACUCGAAAAGACAUUCUUCGUAGUGGAGUCUACGAGGCUUCUGAUCAACUUGAAGAUGCCAGUGAGGAGGAUGUUCCCAGAAUACCAUGGCGGGGAUUCUUUCUUCCCUUCAACAAGACAGAACAGCUUGAGUUUGGAAACACCAGUCUUCCACCGGAACCCGAUAGAAUCAAGACCAUGCGCUCAUAUCGGAAAGAAUAUGAUCCGGUCAAGUGGCAUGAUGUGUACGUAGAGCACAUGCAUCCAGAUGCAGUAGGUUUUUAUGCCUACCCAUACACCGAAAAGGAGUCAAAGAUAGAGAACGCCAGACUCCGGCAACGGGACAUUGACUGGAACAGAGAACAUCCCGAAAAUUCGCGACCGGUGAAGGAGUAUGACAUUUGGUACAAACCCAGCAAUCCAGACAUCGCUCAGCAUACUGGAAAUGUUGGUCAUAAUCAGUACUCCAAGAUCAUUCAGAAGUUUUGUGACCGAAUCGGGGUCCAAAACGUGGAAAGAGUAGCUUCCGGUCAUGCACUGAGAGCCAAAGCUUGUACCAUCAUGAAGGGAUUGGGUGUUGAUCCACAUGCUGUUGCUCGACACAUGGGACACAAGAGUAUCGAUACGCAAAAGCACUACGCUGAAACCACAUUGGCCAUGAAGUCCACCGUAUUUAAUGCUCUUGGACAUGGAGGUACCCGUCGAGUAUCGAUCGAUGACAAUGACCGAAAGCCCGCUGCUCGAAAGGCAUCGCAGGUAUUGGAAGUAGAUAUCACACCGCCAUCCAAGAAACCCCGUGUGAGUACUCUAAAUACGGAGGAGAGAAAGGAGUUAGAGGAAUAUCGACAUGAACAAGAUCCAGAACGACAAGAACUCGAACGACGACGCCGUCAAAGAAUGGAAAACAAGGAGAAUCGACCUCCCCCUAAUGCUCAUCCGGCCCCGUCCCUUGCAGGUCUUCCGUACAAUCCGUAUGGGGUUCUCUAUCUGUACGGUUAUCCACCGUAUCCACCACCCGGUGUGCCACCAUACCAUCCACCAUUUCCGACGGGUCAGAUACCACCUCCACCACCACCACCACCACCACCACCACCACGGCAGCAUGCAUACCCGAUGGUACCACCGCCACAACAUGCAAACCCACAACAAUCCGCAGCAAAUAAUGGUGUAGAACGUACCGGCAACAAUCCUCAUCAUGGUGGCUAUCAACAUGGAUGGAAUGGGUAUAAUGGUGGUGGUUUCGCUCGGUAG